AUGAAUGUUCUCCUUCUGAUAGUUGCUUUGGGGCUUGCAGGAGCGUCUCCCCUGGAGGACUACAAGGUGUGCCAGCCUCACUCCAGACCCUGGCAAGUCUAUCUGCAUGGUGGAGGAGUAUCCUGCAGUGGAGCUCUCAUUAAUGAAUGGUGGAUAGUAACCUCUUUUGAGUGUGCACACACAACGCACGUCACCCUUGGAGAACAUGAUGUUACUGUGGAGGAGGGCACCGAACAGCACAUUUAUGUUGCUGACGUGAUCCGCCACAGCCCCUACCGCUCACCCCUCCACAGCCUCACGAUGAUCCGUCUGGCCGAGCCAGCAAGCUUCAACCAAUACGUCCAGCCAAUCCCUCUGCCCAGUCGCUGCCCACAGCCUGGAGAGACCUGCUAUGUCAGCGGCUGGGGCUCCACUAUCCCAAAUCAAUAUGAGCCUCCUCAAAGUCUGAAGUGUAUAACUGUGCCUGUUGUGGAUGACCAGACUUGUAUGAACACAUUCCCUGAGUUCCUGUUCUGGAGCCCGGGCAUGGUCUGCGCUGGUCAAGCAAACACAGAUAAUUGCAUGAAUAAUGGUGGCAGUGUGAUGGUGUGUGAUGGCCAGCUGCAGGGUGUGCAGUGGUUUGGAAAUGGCUGCAGAAACCCAGCUGACCCCACUGUCUACACCAAGCUGUGCAAGUACAAUGACUGGAUCAACAAUGUUAUGGACCGUUAUGCACCGAUUCUGCCAACUGAAACCACCCCAGGGAAAUGA